GACCUUGAAGAGCAGCAGGGCCUGCUCCCAGCAGAGGGUGCGCAAGCGAGCAGAGGCCCAUGUUGGGCCUUGGUGGUGGGGACCCUUUUAGCAGCCGCGGCGCUGGUGAGCGUUUUCGUCGUGGUCUUCAGCGCCUUCGUGGACACAUGGCUGUGGCCAGUGCUUGGAGUUCUCCUGCUCCUGGGACACGGCCUUCUUCUAAAGGCAACGGCUGGGGAAAAGUCCGACCCUUCAAGCACGUCACACGCCGCGCUGGUUUGUGAAGCUCUGGCUUACGUUGCCCUGGCGUGCACGUACUUCAUCCGCUCCUUUGUGGUUCCAUGGUGGUGGUGGGAGGCCAAUGCUCUGCUUUUUUUGCUGCCCGCCACAGUGCUGCUGACUCGUCUGGUCUUCGUUUAUCUCAGCAGCGGUUCCCGUGCCGAGAAGGCCUCCACUGUGGGCUACGCGAUGAUUGCGCUGACCUGCCUGCUGGUAGCCCUCCUCCUGAUCUUCGCGGGCAAUUUCGGCUUCCAGAGCUUCUCGCUGUCGAUGGUCUUGCCGGGGCAGGUCCACGAGAGGAUCAGGCCAGUCCGGGACUUUGUGGAAUUCAAGACCACUGCCACGGAGAGCUACGAGACAUGCGACCUGGCCACUUCGAGGUGUCGGCUCAAGGACUUGGAGGAGGGGCAAUGGACAGCAAUCCGCCCCGGGGGCACCACCACCUGUCUGGUGGGUGACUUCGAGUUCUUAGUAUACAAAGGUGAUCCCAAGAAGGUGCUUCUUCACCUUCACGGUGGAGGCGCUUGCUGGAAUUGGGUUACCUUUCUCCUUGGCGCAUGCUCGCGGACGGCGCCCAUGACACCCACUGGAAUCUUCAAUGCCUCGGUUCCGGCCAAUCCGUUCUAUGGCUAUACGGUCAUUGACGUUCCUUACUGCUCCGGCGAUAUUUUUGGCGGAGCCACCCAGAACUUCUGGAUUUUGGCACACCAGACCGCCAGUGCAUGGAAAUCGCAGUCGGGGUACGCCAACUUGGAUGCGGUCAUGAAGUGGACCCAGGAUCAGUUUCACGGCCCUCUUCCAGGUCUGCACAAGCUUACAAGCUUCGUGGUGUCCGGGGAGUCUGCAGGAUCUUUGGGAGUCCAGGUCUGGGGCUCGGACAUUCUCACGCGCCUAGAGGGGCAGUACGAACCUAAGGGCACAUAUUUGAUCGGGGACUCGUUCAUGGGGGUCAUGGUGGACGACCAAGACUUGCUGCAACGUCAGGUGAUUGACUAUUGGAGGAUGUGUGACUCCGGCGUGGUACCACCGGACCUUCAGCCCGAUUGCCACCCGGACAAGUUGUUUCUUGCGGACUUCGUGGAGGACACCAUGCAAGACUUCCCCGAUGUUCGCUACCUGAUGGUGGACAGCAAGUUCGACAUAGUCCAGCAGGCCUUUGCAGAUAUGCUGGUGCUUUUGGACGACCUGUGGCUGCUGGUCACGCAAGGGUGGAACAAGGUGCCAAAGUUCACGAAUGCUACUUUCUAUCAGGAGGUGACUGAGCAGCUUAAGUCGUAUGCCGCCUUUCCUCAGUUCUCGGCAUACCUUGUGGACAGCAACCAACACUGCUACACUAUCUUCAACCUGUCAUGCAUCGAGCUUACCACGCCGGCGGGCCCUUUUGAUAACUGCAGCAGUCCAGACGUCGGAGAGCGCCUUCUUCCCUGGCUGACCCCCGACAGGACAACGCAGCCACUGUACCAGUGCUACAACCUUCUGAUAGAUUCACCCCCAUGGACCGGUCCGUACUGCAACUCUUCGCUGCCGUGGGUGGCUGGCAAGUGCGAGCAGAGAUAUGUCGGUCAAUGUGUGGAGUGA